AUGCCCGAUCGUGAUCAAUACCCGAUUGAAGAAAGGUCUACACUUGAGGGUAAACCCCCUGAGAAGAGGAGAAUGAUCGGAUGUCGCUCUCACAACUAUGAAGUCGUUCACACCACUCUCUCUUCUUUCCCCCUGGCCCUCGUCGGCUUGGGCGAUGCCGCUGCCGUUCCCGCCACCAAUUCGUUGACUCGUCGCUCUGAUUUUUGCGAUCAAUGGGGAUCCGUCACCACUGGCAACUACAUUGUCUAUAACAAUCUCUGGGGCCAGAGUGCCGAUCCCUCAGGUCACCAGUGCACGGGUGUGGACUCGCUCAAGGGCAACACUAUCGCCUGGCACACUUCCUUCGGCUGGACCGGUGCCUCCAGCUCCGUCAAGAGCUUUGCCAAUAUUGCACUCAAGUUCACGGCCAAGACUCUGAAGAGUGUCAAGAGCAUCAAUUCGACCUGGAAGUGGAGCUACUCCAACACCAAUAUCGUGGCCGAUGUCUCCUACGACAUGUUCCUCCGUUCAAGCCCUUCGUCCAGCACCAAUGAGUAUGAGAUCAUGGUCUGGCUCGCCGCACUGGAUGGUGCCGGUCCCAUCUCCUCCACGGGCGCCCCCAUCGCCACAACCAGCAUCAAUGGCGUCCAAUGGAAGUUGUACAAGGGCCCCAACGGCUCAAUGACCGUGUACAGUUUCGUUGCCGAUUCUACUGUGACCAAUUUCUCGGGUGAUCUGAAGAAGUUUUUCACUUAUCUGAUCAACCACCAGGGUCUCAACUCGAACUUGUACCUCGUUGAUGUUCAAGCUGGUACUGAGCCGUUUACGGGUAGUGCCAAGUUGACCACUUCCGCUUACUCCGUGGCUGUUGUUUGA